AUGGUAGAUAGAACAAGAGUAACGUUGUACCAAACAGAAAGCAAUCUUGGUAACUAUCAAACUACAAGCAUUUCCAAGCUAUACGCACUGAAUAAUAAUAUUCUGGCUGGCUUUGAGAGUCACUAUCAAAAUGGACUGCUUGAAGUUGCCUUUUAUUUGGGCCUCAAAUUUGCCGAUUCGGCACUCAUUCAAAUCCCCAAACAUGGUUACUUUUAUUCCAGCAAACACAAAAAUGAACGAAGUCAGUCUAGCACUGAUAGUAUUCGAGUGACACAGCUCUUGCAACAAAUUGUUGCCUUGGAACCAGAAAGAUUGGCCAAGGAGUGCCAUAAAGUUGAACGGUUGCAUUAUCUUGCCCGAGAACAGUUUGAGAGACUGGAUACCUACGAAAAAAAGCGGGCAGCGGUGGAAAGGGAUCUCUACCACCAGCAGAGAAAAGGCGGUAGUCAUAGAGGCAAGGCUUCCUCGUUGAACAAGACACCGAAACACCGCAAAUCUCGUUCUCGCCUCUCUUCGGAUCAAGAUUGCAUGUCUUCAACACUAUUGGCAUGUGGAGAUUCCUUUUCCUCCAUUUUUUGUCCUUCGGUUGCCUCAUCCACGAGUGAAGCGGCCAUGGCCAUUCGGGAAGAAUUUACUGGAAAAAAGAAAAAGGAGGAACUAAACAAAAGCUUUCCGGAUGCUCACAAGAUACGGCCCGAAAAAGGAAGCAGCAAAUCUACUAGGUUUCCAGAUGGCGGAAAACGAGAAGGGAUAUCGUCAUUUCCAACCAACCCAGGUGUCAGCAAGAGAAGUUUUCCAAGUGAUGCAGCUAUAGCGCAACCAGGACUGUUUCCAGCAUCUCCUGCCAAACCCGUCUUGGAGCGUAAAGAAAGUGAUUACAUACCGCCACCGCCACCGGAACAUCAUAGAACGCAAAGUGACCUUGACUUGGAGCGAGCUUUGUUUUUGAGUGGACUUCAGGUUUUACAAGACAAAAAACGAGCGCAAAAUGGAGGAAACUUUGGACAAGAAGAUGAAGUGAAACUGGAAAUCCUCCGAGAAGAAUUGCGAGACAUGCCACCAGUUCCUGUGGGUCCACCAGGUGCUAAGAAGCGUCAAGCUUCGGGCGUGACGACAGAAUUGUUUACCAAUUUUAUGCAACAGGAUUUUGAACAGCUUUAUAAGAAAGGCCGAGUUCGAAUAACGCAAAUGUCGACAUAUCAAGGAAAAAAUCCAUUGUCGACCAACGGUUGUGCUGUCAUUGCGCCGCUGAUGUGCAUUCAUCAUUUUGUCAACGAAUCAUCGAUUCCAGACCAUGGUUUGCCGGAUCGUGUAGUGGAGGAGGUCUUGGACGAUGAAACACCCAAUUUACUUCCCAUGAUUCGAAGAAAACUGGGUCUCGUUGAUAGUGCUUUUCUGAUUCCGUCCGAUGCACACGAAGCUCUUAUGCAAGAAGAUCUCUUAUCUGAAAAGCAAUUCCGAAAUGUUUUGGGAGGCAACAUACUCGAUGAAUCCCAUUUGAUACCUUUGGUGGAAGAAUUGUCCAAAAUUGGAGAAAAGAAGAUUGGUGCUACCUUCUUUUUCCAUGAACAUGUGGUUUCGAUAUUGCAGCUCCGACAAGAUGAGAGAACUGUCUGGUUUGAUCUCAUUGAUACGUUACCACACGAAGAGACGCUUCUUCGUGGUCCAUCCAAGUGGGCUUCGUCACGAAACCAUGGAGAUGAUUCCAAAAUAAGCAACGAUGAUUCCUACAGAAUCCUGAGUGACUUUAGCGAUGUUGAUCUGGCGGCCGGAGUUGUGGUAGAUGAUGUUCCAGAUCAGGAGCCAGCUGCUCGAAUACGAUGCUUAGAUGCUGAAGCGUUGAGAAUAGCCUUGCAAUGGUAUGCUUGUUCCGUAUUCUCGAUGGAAGACGCUACCUACAUUGAUACCUAUCAAUGGGAUGACAAUUUGGCAGAUUUCGACCCACGAGUAUUUCAAGCCUUCAUCUGGAGUCAGGCAUAG